GGCGGGUAUACCGUAUAUAAAACAGAUGUUACAGUCAUAGAUAUAGCUUUGUCGGGAAGAAACUUUUCAGAGAUUUUCUAGAAGUACACUUUUGUUGCGAAGAGAUCACUCAUCACAAUGUCCUUUGUUGGUUCAUAUACAGUCAUAGGUGGAGGUAAUCCCCUAUGGGGUCCGGGAGUCAUAUGUAAGCUUCAUUAUCAGAGAGACGCUGGCAAAGAACUAGGCCCCUUCUUGCAUUUCGAUGGCAAUUCGUUGAAAGCAAAUGGAGGCGACACUGACAACGGUGAGAAAAAAAAUAAUAUGGUGUUAGGAGGAUUGCUCGUUAAAGAUAUCAUCCUUUAUCCUUCGGUUUGCGAGAAUAUUCGCGUAAGAAUUUAUAAGCGUGGUUAAACAAAGGUAGGCAUGUUUUAAGUCUCCUUUAAGUAUCCUUUGGAAGCAAUUUGUUGUUAGUCAAUGAAACGGUAUAUUAUUACCAUUAUUACUAUUGCUGUUUUCAUCAUCAUUAUCUAAAUUUUUUUGGUGUCAUUCAUAUUAUCAUUAUUGUGUCAUCUGUAGUUCGUAUAACAACAUCCUCUAUUUGGGGCAAAAAUAUGCACGGAUAUUUGUCCACGGACAUUACCUGUUCCAAGAUGCGAACAGUUUUCCGAGAGCGGAGCUGUUGACUGUUCACUGGUACGACUUAAUGAACAAAAAAUAUAUCCCUCCUUAUGUAACAACCACAAAACGCUCUCUCAGAUCUUGAAUCAAAUUUUAAACGAAGACUUAUCGUGGUGGACGAAAGGUUUGAAAAUCGGAGAAUAUCACGUUGGAGGGGGGGAUAUUCAGUCAUGGGAUGCGUUUAUACAAUUCGCGCACUAGCAAAAAUAUUUAAUGGAGCAUAAGUAUUGUUAUUGUUAUCACAAUCAUUAUUAUUACCAUUAUCAUCAUUUUUAAUAUUAUCAUUAAUACUAGGUUUAUCCACAUUAUUCAUAGCGGCUAACGAAAGUGUAAUCCUGGGUCUUCAACUUUUUCGAGUGAAUUAAAGCCACACUGUAGCAAUAUUUUGUGAAUCGCCAGCUAAUGUUUGAAUCAUGAAGGGCAACAAGAGAAUAUCAGUUGUUGAUUUUCUCUUAGGGGCAUUUAAUAUUUCAUUUACUAUGACGGCUCAUUAUGCUCUUUUUAUAGCUAAUUUUAGGAUGUACCAAACCCCGGAUGCCGAGGGUAGAACAGUUGUUAUUUUGGAGCACGCAAAAUCUCGCAAAGUUAUGGCCGUUGACAAAGAGAAUGACACUGUCACUCUAGAGGUGCGUGACUGAAACGAUUUCAGUCGGCUAGAAAUUUAAUCACCUUUGGUCAUUGAUCAAAGAACUUUUAAACUUUGUGGUGAAAUAAAUUCGUUUGUCUAUCGAUGAAGUCCAUUCCGAUGUGGAUCGCGGUAUUUUGACGGUAUAAUGCAAGUCUUCUUCAGGCGAUGCAUAAGGUGACGCCUGUCCAGUCGCUUAUCGAAUGACUUAAUUAUGAGACAAACGAUUAUGAUUCACCGCAAGUACGACGAAUAACCGUAAGCUUCCCUACAAUUUCAACUCUUUAAAUGAAUAAGGAGGCUAAAACUUGCAUAUCAUAAUUAUCAUCUGUUUUGCUUGUGCGUGCCAAUCGUCUAGUUGCCCGGAGAGUUAACAUUUAAGCUCAAUUUCAAUUCAUUAUCUGGAUCUAUCGCUUAUAUGCAUGAUACAAUACAGAUUGAGUUACAACUUUGAUUUUGGCCUAAUUUUUGUCUAUUCUGAUAGGAUCCUUCAGAGCCUCUGGAUAAGCUCAUGAAGAAGAGCGUAGAAGUGGCUCCUUACAAAAUUCUGUUUCACAAGAGAUGGGGGAAAGACGGUUAUGGUAAGUUUUACUUGCAGUCACUUCUGGAUGAUAAACAGCGAAUCGUUGGAUUUGACGAAAAUGGCGAGCUAAAGAAGACUAUGGUUGCACAGCCAGAUCAUCCAGAAAGUCUCUUCAAGAUAUACUGAUUGCCCCACAUUGGCGCUGUCAACUUUUCUCAACUUUUAACACGACUUUUAUGUUAAAUUUAUUGUAAAUCAGAAACGUCCCUUGCGACAAGUAAUAGCACCUAGUAACAAAAUUUUUAUCCAGGAAACGCAUGUUGGAUACUUGGCG